GAGCGGAAACACGUGAUCCCGUCACAACUCGGGGCUCCAAAAUUUGAAAGUGCGGCCUGGACCUGGAAGUGUCUGAGGAAAACGACAUUGCCGAUAAAAAGACCACGGCCUUUGCAGCUGCCUAGUCUUGCUUUAAACCCACUUUGGUGAUUUCUGUGACCUGAGCAACACAGGAGGAGGAGGGUGAGGAGGAGGAGGAAAAUGCAGUGCACUCCUGAAUCAAACGUCUACCAUAAAAGCUGCAAAGGCAAGCACUGCUUCGAUGACUGCUCCGACAGCGGAUACUCUGGUUUAUUCCAGAGCCCACGGGGGAAAACCGGAGCUGACCCCUAUCGAUCUCCUGUGGAAUUCAAUGAAACGCCAAAAGAGAACCUCCAGCUUUCUGUCACGCCUAAAGUAAAAACCGGAGAGUCGGUCAGGCUUUCGGGCAAAGACCCCAGGUGUGUGCCACGGUCAUCAGCAGUAAGCUGGUGCGAAACUCCUAAAGUCUACAAAAGAGAUGCCUCGUUGCGACACAGGCUACUAAUGUGCAAGCCCACCGCUAAUGUCAAAAGUGAUGACACACAAUCGCCGUGCGCUAGAAAGACUGAAUCUUCCCACAGUGUCAAGUAUGGACAGUGGCACAGAUCGUCGUGUGACUCUCUUGACAGUAUGAUCGGGGCUUUGGCAUCAAGCACUUUAAAGACAGACCAAGAUCUGCCACUGUCUGGCAGGAAACGUCGUCUCUUUUUUGCUCAAGUGAGGACCUCCACUCUUGAAGAUGGUAAAGUUAGCUCGGGUCGCCUGUCCAGUUUUGAGGGACGGGUUUCACUCACAGACGCAGAUUUCAGUGGGAUCAUGUCUCCCACGGACCAACGUGUUAUUGCAACCCCAGGCUCCUGUAAGCCUGAGGCUGAAAACUCACCGUGCAGCCGUGUAAUAAACGACAGCUCAAAUGUGUUGUGCACACCAACGUCUGCAAAGACACCAACAUACAUCAGGUCUGUGUUUGAAGACAGUGGUUUCAGUUCCCUAACCCUUGAUAAAUCCCAAAGCUCCUCGGUGGACCAUGAUGGCUCCUUCCAGGAGAUGCUUCUCUCUAACCCCAGAACCAACAGUGAAACCCCAAAUCUGGCAGAGGCAAAGCGGCGCUCUCGCUUGCAGCGGCAGCACAGGCUUUCCACACUUAAAGAAGGUGGCUCUCAGUCUGAGGAAGACCCGACGGACAAAAAGCAUCAACAGCCCCCUCAGUGCCACAGCCGUUCUAAAGGAGACGACGUUUUUGCUGAAGAUGCCACUCCUUGCACUAAACUUUCUCUUAAGUGUGGUAAUAGCUACUACACCACCCCACUGAGGACGACUGCAGCUACGCCAGAAUACAUGACGCCUUAUGCUACAGAGUCUUCUAAUGCAGAUAUCACGCCUCUCAGAACGACCCCAGCCAAUCUCUCUCUGACUCCAGCCUUGCAGCUCAUUCACGCUAUGUGCCAGCACAAAGCCCAGAUGUUUUCUGGCCAAAGUCCGAGCCUGAAGGAGCAGCUGAAGUCCACAGCGUCAUUAGCUAAGACCCCGGUGACGUUGAGGACCACAAUGCCAUUGGCAGGGCUGAUUGGCAGGAAGAUGGGCCUGGCGAAGGUUGACAUACUCACUGAGCUUAAUAAGAGGAACCUCAGGCACAUCUUAAAUGUCAUACUGGGGAGGCUGGACUCUGCGAGUAUCUACAGGUGUGGUCAGGUGUGCAAAAGCUGGAAUCAUAUUAUCCAACAGGACAAACAGGCUAGUUUAAGGAGAAGAAACCACCUGAGUGAAGUGGAGGCUGCUCUUGAGCUCGGUGGCUCCGUCACCAUCCCUGACGCAGAGACCAGACUCGCUCUGCUAAAGAGGUCGGCACUGAAGACGGUUCAGGCCCAGUCCAGGACGUCCAGCUUCUGCACCCCGCAGUCAGGAAACCGCACUUUAACCCCAUUACAACACAGCGCUUUAAAUUCACUCAGCAGCGGCAAACGGGAUAAAUUUCUAGAGGUCGCGAAAACUCUCUUCAAUGAUGAGUGCCUUAAACCUUGCCCCAGAUGUCAGCAUCCGGCAAGGUGUCACUCAGUGAAAGGUGAGGGCGUGUGCAGCAGAGCGGACUGUGGUUUCCAGUUUUGCACAUCGUGCUUGUGUGCUUUUCACGGCUCUCGAGAGUGCGGCAGUCAGUCUGCUGGUCGUCGCAAGAAAGACAUACUUCUCCCCGGAAGCGCUCAAAGCAAGCGAAACGUUAGAAGACUAUGAUCAGAAUUUGUACUCGACUCCUGUUUCCUUUCCUGUACCGAAGUCACUUUACUUUUUUUUUUUUUUUUUUUCUGCCAAAUGGUAGACUCGGCAAAGAAACCGAUUUGUAGCCAGUACAUGAGCGACGUCUGUACUCUUCAGUGUGCGUUUGUUUGUUUUUCUACGUACUUAUUUUUCUCCCCUCCCUUUUUUUCCCCCAACAGUGUUGUUAACAGUAUGUUUUUAAUUAUGCAUGUGAGGGUUUUACCAGCAGACCCAUUGAUUUUAUUUUGCUGUUGUUGAUGUACUUUUUCCAUACAGAUUGACUGACUGUACAGCGUAUUUUUGGGAAAUUUCUGAGAUUUUCAGCUUUUACCAAUGUGUUUUCAGAUGAAAUUUUAUAAUAAAUUUGAAUUUUUACACA